AGUCAACAAAGGAAGAGGGAGAGAAACGAACUGUAGCCAAAGUGGCUAGCUAGCACAAAAAAGGGGAAGAGAGAAAUGGGGCUGUCAUGAAACUUUAAGGAAUGUUUCUCUCAUCAAACUGGCAAAUACAGCUGAGGAAAACCAGCCUCGGCAUUUCGCGUGCAUGAGAUGAUGACAGACCACGAGCAGUGGGUGUUUAUGUAGUUAAGCAGCUCUUGUUCGUGCGAGGGAGCUGAUACUGGAUUAGCUUAGCAGCUAGCAGUCUAUUAUUAGCACGCUAAUGCUAAAUGCAACCCUCUUCGUCAGAUUUACAGACACGUUCAACCCAGAUCUUUCUGAAGCAGGAAAUGGGGAUUAAACCCUUUUUAAAGUGAUGAUGAAGGCUUUGGCGUUCACAUGAUUGACAUUUCCCAGUCACAUGACCAGACUCUUUGGUUAGCAUCCUUUGGUCAGCAGAUAGGAAUGUCCCAUGCUGACUGACUGUACCUGAUUGGGUGUACAAGGAUGAAGAAGAUCAGUCUGAAGACGAUCAGAAAGUCACUUAGCAUAAAGGGCAAAGAAGAUGGGGAUUUCGUCAUGCUCCAGCAGCCAUCAUUAACGGCCGAGUUCACCAAGGAUGACUCUCUCUUUGGAGGCUGUUACACCAAAGGGCUGGUAGGUUGCGAUCUUAAUGGAGAGGAAGAGAAGGGUCAUAAGAACCGAUCGAAGAGCGAAAGUCUUAUGGGCACUCUAAAGAGGAGACUAUCUACCAAACAGAAAGCGAAAGUCAAAGGGGGCUCCACCUCGGUGGGCUCUGGAGAUGAUGAUGACACGUUCUCUUCCUCGUCAGUCCCGAUAAGCUUUAAUGAAGUCAAAGCCCAGCGGCCCUUAAGAUCCUCGUCCCUCCGAAGCCAUCAUUACAGCCCUUCUCCAUGGCCUUUCCGCCCAGUUGUCUCUGAAGAGGCUUGCAUCAAGAUGGAGGUGAAAGUCAAAGCUAUGGUCCACUCCCCAAAUCCCAGUCCCUCCCUUAAUGGCAUCAGAAAGGAGUUCCAUGAUGUCCAGUUAGAAGGUUUGUUCCAGGAUCAGAGCGAGUCUCUGAAGGACAUGGAUGCUCAGAGUGGCAACUUGCGUUUGAACAUUGAGGAUCACGUGCCUAUUGGACUCACACCUCAGGACUACAUCCAGUACACAAUGCCUUUAGAUGAGGGAAUGUACCCAAAUUCAUCCCAGUCCUUCUGCUUGGAUGGUCCCUCGCCAAUGGAAGUGGUCGAUCAGGGCCCGGAUGACCAUGAUCUCAUGCCAUCGGACAUUCUCAUGGAGCAGGCGGUGAGCGGACACCUUCCUGGUACUCCAGCGAUGGUCCUUUCCAACUCCAGAGCUGACACACCUUUAUUUUCUCCCUCCCUGUCACCUCUUUCCAACAACGAUAUUCCAAGGACCCUCUCGGGGUUCAGUGGUGCAGAUUCUCAUGUUGUCGAGAGAGUGAGGCACCACCUGAACUUUGACCCCAAUUCCGCUCCUGGUGUUAGCAGGGUGUACGAUUCUUUCCAAAGCAGUGGACCCAUGGUUGUAACGAGCCUUACGGAGGAACUUAAAAAACUGGCCAAGCAGGGUUGGUACUGGGGACCUAUAACUCGAUGGGAGGCUGAGGAGAAGCUCAUCAACCUUCCAGACGGCUCGUUUUUAGUGAGGGACAGUUCAGACGAUCGUUAUCUCCUGAGCCUGAGCUUUCGGUCACAGGGAAAGACGCUUCACACCAGGAUCGAACAUUCGAAUGGCAGAUUCAGCUUUUACGAGCAGCCUGACGUAGAAGGUCACACUUCCAUCGUAGAUCUCAUCGAGCACUCUAUAAAAGACUCUGAAAACGGCGCGUUCUGUUACUCCAGAUCCCGUCUGCCGGGGUCCGCCACGUACCCCGUUCGCUUGACCAAUCCUGUCUCGCGGUUCAUGCAAGUCCGUUCCCUGCAGUAUCUUUGCCGCUUUGUCAUCCGACAGUACACGCGGAUAGAUUUGAUCCAGAAACUGCCUUUACCAAACAAAAUGAAAGAUUAUUUGCAGGAGAAGCACUACUGAAUGGACUAUAGUGGGAUAUGGUAGUAAAUUGCACUUUUUGUUGAAUGGCGCAUUCUUAAAACAGUUUACAUGGAGGUCAGGUGAUCAGUUGCGUAGGUUGACUAUCCGAUCUUCCCACAUAUAUAUGUGGUUAAUUUGUUGUUGCUUAGAUUCAGUGUUUUACAUUUUGCAGGUCUUUUCGGAGCAACGUGGUAAGUCUAGAAACCAUUUAGGAUUGGAAUGCCAUGCCUAAUACACAUAUAUUGAUUAUAUGAAUAUUUUUUACAGUAAUACUAAUACUCUUAUCAUAGCUUGGAUUUGAGGAUUGGAUGUUGCGUUAAUGUGGUUCAUUCAUCAAUAGUUUUGCUGUAGCGAAAAGGUGGGGUCACAUUAGCGAAAUUUCAGCAAAUUUUUUUUUUUUCGCAAAAGAGGUCUGUUUUCAGUGGUGAAGCACAGCUAACAUAGAAAUCACUUUCAAACAAGCAUCUUUCUGCUGGACAGUGUGGCGAAUCUGUGAAAAUUGUGUGAGGAAAUCUUUCGCAAUUCCCAGUCAUGUCAAUUCCUAUUGAAAUGACUGGGUUUUCUGUCAUGAAAAAAAUUAACGAAACAAUGAUGAAUGUGAUCGCACCUUUACAGCAAAUUUGCUUUUCUCUGGAAAUAUGAUGUCAGCCAUGUUUUUGGCAUGUUUUGAUAGUUUUCCUUCUACAAAUCGGUACUUUUAAUGAAACUUGCCAAUAUGCUGGAUGACUGAAUUUUGGUGGAAUACAGUUAUCAUGUCAAAUAACAAAUGAUUAAAUGUAAAUGUAAACGAAUGCGUCAGUUCGAUAUACAACUUUUGUAAGAGAUGAAGUAUUUAUUUGGGAUUAAUGUUCUACAUUUAUUAGAGGUUAACAUUAGGGCCUUUCUCACCGAUUUAGUUCCAGAACUAAAUGUACAGUACUAAAGUACUGGGAAGAUUUUGCGUGAACUAUUUCCCAGUACCAUAUAAAGAGUUGCAUUCGCACCGACAGUGUGUACUAGGACGUGACGUAAGCCGGUCGACAAUGAUGUCAUUUUUGCGUGUGUUCAACAAUGUUAACAUAGAAGAACAACUUUAACAUAGAAGAACAACGUUAACAACAGGUGGAUGGAGGACGCUGUGAUCGGAGCUGUGUUUUUGUUGUUUCUCGUGGGUUUUCACAAUAAUGGACAUGGAAUGUUGACAUAUACGUAAAGCGAUUGAAAGAAGGGAAAGGAAGACUAAAAAUCUCCAACGACAACUGGCUGUGCUACAUUUGCUACAAGUGCCUCCACUUCAGCAUCCAUACAUUUAUCACUGUCCACCAUACUUUUGAAUUAAGUUGACACAGUGUUUACAGUAUGUUACACAGCGUUUUAAAUCAUGGCGGCUGAGGGCGUUUUCGAACACUUUUUGCCAAUCAAUGUCUUCUUACGUAAUGGAUAGUAACAGUUGUGCUGGUUAGAUUCUGUCCGGAGUAGGAGCUACCAUAUUUUCCAGACUAUAAGUCGCCCUUUUUUCAUAGUUUAGCUGGUCCUGCAGCUUAUAGUCAGGUGCGACUUGUUUAUCAAAAUUAAUUUGACAUGAACCAAGAGAAAACAUUACCUUCUCCAGCCACAAGAGGGCGCUCUAUGCUGCUCAGUGCUCCUGUAGCCUACCACUGAGCAGCGUAGAGCACCCAAUUGCAGCUGUAGAUGGUAAUGUUUCCUCUUGGUUCUAAAUAAAUGUGACUUAAUUAUUUUUUCCCUCAUCAUGACGUAUUUUUGAAAAAUACGGUAAUUUGGUUCUCGAAAAAGGCAGUCUGGUACUAAAAUCGCACCUAGUUCCGGUGGUGCGAAAACAGCCAAAAGUGGGUGGUUCCACGAUUAGUUCUGGUACUAUGAAAAGGUUCCUGCAGACGAAAGGCCCUAGUAAAACAUUUAUUUGUCAUUUAGACUUUUGUAGAUCUGUGCAACAGCAAAUUUGGUUCAGUCAGGUAUGAGAAGACCACAUAAGAAAAGACUGUGAAACACAGAAGAAUGCUUAUAGAAGAAUACAUGCAGAAUGCCAUGAAUCUGUGAUGUUAUACAAUAAGGGAGCAGGUAGAGAACAAAAUAGGUUUUGUGUUUUAUUUCUGUUGCAUAGCGUGGUUCAUGCAGUAUUCCUUUGCCUAAAUCAUUAAGCAAAGGUUUAUUAUGGUUCAUAAACGUCUUAUUUGUCUUGUACAAACACCAUUUUAAGUAUUUCAUAUUUAAGCGCUGGAAUGAUUGCAGUCACUCGUUGUUGUUGCUCUGGUUGAGAGAAGAAAAUUAAAUUGGUGACAACCUACCCAAAACCUAAAAGCACAGUUUUAUAUUUACUUGUUUAUACUUGAACAGGAGUAAACUUUCAAUUAAUCUGCAAGUAUCCCAAAGGAAUUAUGCAUUCAUAAAUUCUAUGUCAGCCUGUCAAUAUUUCAUAAACUCUGCUUCAAGCCAAAAAUGUUGCAUUCAGACAUUUGAGAAUUUAUUCCCUGUUGUCUGUUUAGUUUUUCCCACACCACGGAAGUUGACUCUUUCCUGUCACCUGAAAGGGAAUUAUCAGUUGCUUUUCUUUGGUUUAAGGGCUUCAGAUAGGAAAAAUUGGAUGCUUUUGUGUAAGUUGGUGGUUUUUGCACAUUUCUUAAAUGAUGCUGGGAUAAAUAUGUCAUGAAAUGGUUCAGUCGGCGCUGCUUGGUUUUGGAUUACAUUAGGAUAAUCAGCAAACAGGGGAGCUUAUAAAUGUCUCUUUAGCUGGCAUAUUGAAUGUGUGUGAAUCAGUGCCAGGACUUUCUAUUUGUGGUUUCGCACCACACAUGGUCUAAGGCUUUUAAGGGCCAUUUUAAAAAAGUGCCAACUGGCAUUCACAGAAACCGGUGAACAAUGCCACGGAAAGUAUUCGUGAGACACAUUGGAGAGACUUUGAAGGUUAGCUGUCAAAUAAACACAGUUUGCCAUCUUUAAUAUCCAUCAUUGAAAACAUAACCCAUGGAGUUAAUUCCUUCAGUGAAAAAUGUUUGUUUUACGUAAUGCAUAUGAGGGAACAGUUUGAAAUUGUUCCUUAACACACCCGGAAACUUAUGUGAAAUGCUGUAUCUGUGUGUGUUUAGGUAAAGAAUACGAUGUUUAUUCGCUGUAUUUGAAUGUGCAAAGCUGCCAUUUUCCAAUUAAAUGAAGGGAUGUUGGAUGUCAGAAUCACCUAAAUUGUGUGUUUGAGAGUGUGGUUGAGUAAGCAACAAAAAGAAUGUUUUAGGCAAGGCACAACAUUUUCAAUUAAUUGAGAACGAGUUUACCAGAAUGUGGAAGUUGACUAAUGCAAAAAAUAAAUGUGAACUGAAAUGACCGCAAUGUACAUUAAAUAUCCUUUUGUUCAUUUCUUUUUAUUCCCAGAUGUGUGGCAUAAUUAGAUAAACACUGAAAAUGUUCAGUGUGUGUGUGUUUUUAAAAUGAAGCAAAGUUGCCGGGGCUCCUUUAUGUUCAAUAUCAUUUUCAUGACCUUGUAUGUAUGCCGUUAGAUGUCGCUUGUUCAGAUUGCUGAAGUAUUUUGAACCGAUGACAGCUGAGCACUUAACAAGCUUCACUGAAAUAUCUAUUUUUCUGAUCCAUGUCUGUUGUCCUUGUGCUGCGAAUGAAGGUGAAUGUUUACAUGAUGUAUUUAGUGCAGAUUAGUUUCUUUGUUUAUAUCUCUUGGUACAAUUUUACAAACAUUUCUUUAAUGUGUCAUACACAUUUGUGCUGCUUUACCAUUAUGAUUGCCUUUUUAAUUUCAAAAUGGGGGAGAUAGAAUGUCACCUAGAUAUAGGCCUAUCUAUUCACAAUGAGUUUGCUAUAAUCUUGAGAAAGUCAGAUGCAAAAAUGCAAGUCAACGUUUUUAGUUAAUGAUGAGGAUGCUCUGAAUUCAGUCCUUUUUGUCCAAAAGGGAUCUGUUCACUCCAGUUUACAAGGUCAGUUUUCCAAAGUCACUUCUUGUUUGUUGUCAAUUUGAAGUAAUGAAAGUACCAAUAGUGUUUUCUUGCACAUUUGGAUACAGUUAAAACAUUUUUGUAUCUGCUGGUAUAAAUUAUGAAUAAAAUGUUAUUCAAAGCUU